AUCUCUAAAGGGCUGGUGUGCAUGUGCAUAGGCUUAUUUCAGUUCAUCGGAACUCUUUUAUAGAGGUGAACGAUACAGUGGUCGGGCUUCCAUUGUGUCACGGGGGCACCUGUGUCCGCUGUCGUCCGUUUAACCACCCCGUGUGCCCCCUCCACUGGUCAUUGGUGGUAGAGUCGAACGUUGCGUUAAAACUCUUUACCGACACUGCAUGUUAAAUCGGAAGCAUAACUGAUACAUUGUGUGACUAGGCUGUUAAGCAGUCGAUUAAUAUUUUAUUUUUUGGGGGAAAAAGAGAAAGUAAGUGCCCCCCUGGCAUUUUUAUAAAUAUGGCACAUUACAUUUAAAUGAAACUGUACUUUUAACACUUUCUGUCUAAACUGUCCAAUGAUCCACACUGAAAAUCAGAAAGGAAAUAUAUAUUUUGUCCAAGGUCUAGUGGUCUUCUUGUUUGUGGUUCAUGUCGUUUAGAUUUUUUUAUAGCUUGAACAUUGUUUUACUGUUAAAAUAUAUAAAACAGCCAUUCAUAUCAGUCGUUGCACCAAGUUCAUAAAGUAGUGGUCCGUCCCUCCAGGGUUGCUCUUUUUAGAAGUAAACUAAAGACAAUAGAAGGAAAUAGGAAGCCCCAUCUGCUCACACUGGCUUCCAGAAGCUUUUGUCAGAAAGGCCACCACUAUUCUAAGCUUUUCUAAGUUACCAACUAAGACUGAAAGAGCAGCUGUCCACCGCAGAACUGACGGGAAUAAUCCGUAGUUAUGGCUGAAGAAAUACCUCUACGGGAAAAGAAGCUAAAAUCUCUACCUCGGUCGGAUGGGUGUGGUCUCACUAACUUUGACGCCCUGGAUUUAUCUGGAGGACUGAGAAUAGUCCUGGUUGGUAAGACUGGUUCCGGGAAGAGUGCAUCAGGGAACACCAUCCUCNNAUACGGGAACACCACCCACGGAAGAGCUGCCUUUAAAGAGGACCCAAGUUCUGUGUCAGUGACCCAACACUGUGAGACACAGAGUGGUAAAGUGGAUGGGACCGUGGUCCAGGUUAUUGACACUCCAGGUCUGUUUGAUACAGGCAUUGGAGAGGAAGAAUUAAAAACUAAAAUAGAGGAAUGUGUCAGGAUGUCCGUACCAGGACCCCACGCCUUCCUGCUGGUCAUCAGGCUUGGAGUAAGGUUCACAGAGGAGGAAAGAAAUGCUGUGAAGUGGAUCCAGGACAACUUUGGAGAUGAUGCCUCCAUGUACACUAUCAUGCUGUUUACGUGUAAAGAUCAGGCUAAAGCUGACAAUGCUCUGAAGGAGUGCAAGGAGCUAAGAAGACUCUCAACUACAUUUGGACGCAGAUACCACGCCUUUAACAACAAUGACGCAGAGGACCGCGUGCAGGUCACCGAGUUAUUCACCAUGAUAAAGGAAAUGGUACAGGAAAAUGGGGGGAAACAUUACACUAAUGAAAUGUAUGAAAAAGCCCAAAGAAAACUCAGAGAGGAAGAGGAGCGCAAGAAACAGGAGGAGGAAGAGAAGAAAGCAGAGGAGAAGAAAAUGUGGGAUGCAGAAAGGGAGAACAAGGAGAAAGAAAGAGAAAAGGAGAAAAAGGUCAAAAAGAAGAAUAUACGUGUGGCCUCAGCUGUGGCUGCUGUGUUGGUGUUGGCAGGUGUGGUAAUAGCAGUGGGAGCUAACACCACCGUGGCGCUAGCUCUUGGAGCUCCUGUGCUUAUCUUUGGAGUGUUGUGUGGUGUGGCUGCCCUGUUGAUAUGGAAAGGGAUAAGAUGUAAAAAAACAGCAUCUGUUUCAGUAUAAGAUGUCAGUUACAAAGACACAUUUGUUAAACUGCAUUGUGGUCAACAUUAAUAUCUCUAUUUUUUAUGUUUAUACAUUUUUCUGGUGAUGAAAAGUUGGUGGGGCCUUUCAUGGUAUCUGACACAAACUUUUUUUGCAUUUAAAACUUCAUUCAUGACUGGCUGAAUGGCUCUUGAGCUAAAGAUAAGAUCAUGUCUUUUUAUUCAUUAAUUGUUUGAAGCCUUUGUCUUAAACCUAUAUUAUUAUUUGUACUUUGAAAAAGAUUUUUGAAAAAAAGGAAACAUGAGAAAAAUAAAAAUAAUUCAAAAAUG